AUGAGUGACGAAAAGAAUAAAAAAAACAAAAUAAAACUAAGAAAUGAAUUAUUAGAAUUUGAAAAUGAAUACUACGACAAUAUAAAAAAGAAAAUAGUCAGAACUCGUCGAACAAAAAUAAUAGCAACUGUAAGUUAGGAUAGAUAUACUACAUAUGAUUAAAUUAAGGCUUUAUAUAAAUCAGGAGUCAAUUCUUUUUUAAUUAAUAUGUCUUAUUGUCAUAAAUAAUUUAUUACAUAAAUUUCUUUAUGGAGAAAUUAAUUAGAAGAAGAAUUUAAUACUUUUAUUCCUAUUACAUGUGUUUUAAAAAGCAAUUUAGCUAGAAUAGGCUUUUUACAAUAAGCAUAGAUAUUUUUAAAAAAAGAUUAAGAAUAUAGAUUAAUAUUAAAAAAAGAUAUAUUAGGUGAUUAAUAUAUAUGUAGUAUAGAUUAAUUAAAUAUAAAGAGAAAUUUAGUAAUAAACUCAAAAAUAAUAAUUGAUUAUGGACUAGUAUCGUUAACAGUAAUAAAGCUUGAGAAAAGUAGUGACACAUUGAAUUAUUUAAAGGAGAAUUUCCCAAAUGAAAUUCAAUAUUUAAACGGAAAAUUUAAAAAAAAGCAGAAAAUUUACACUACUUAAAAUAAAAAUGGUGAAAAAAAGCCUUAAAUCUAUGAUGUUAUAGUAUGUAAAGUAGACGGUGAUUGUUUUUUAAAAAGCUAUAAACCAAUUUUUAUUUAAAAAAACACAAACCCAAACGAAGAAGAGGAUAAUAAUACAGAAGAAGAAAACGAUCUCAUAUAGUAAAAAGACAAAGAAGAUAUUAAAAUAGCCCUACAAAACGACAUUGACUGUAUUUGUAUUGCCAACGUAGAAAACAGUGAUGAUUUAAAAUACGCUCGAGAACUACUAAACGAUAAAAAUAUUAAAUUAAUAGCUAAAAUAUAGAACUAAGCUGCCGUAAAAAACUUUGAUGAAAUCAUAAAAGAGGCCGAUGCUUUAAUAAUAGCUCGAGGAUAUUUGACUGUAUAAAUCCCUGUUGAAAAAUUACACUAUAUACAGAAAGAAAUGUUUCAGAAAUGUAUUUAAUAGAGAAAAAUAGUGAUGGUUUCUUGUAAUAUCUUAGAGUGUAUGGUUUCUUCACUAUUACCUAUGACUUGUGAAGUUGGAGAGAUUUUCAAUUUAGUAAGUGAGUGUGUAGAUAAUAUUAUAUUGUCAUCCGAGACUGCUUUUGGGAAUUUUCCAGUUUAGGCAAUAGAAACUUUAUCUAGAAUCUGUAUAGAAACUGAAGCUAAUUAAAUUUUGAAAAAUAAAGAAGAAAAAAAAAUAAAGGAAAUUUAGACUUUUUUAAGCACUCUUAAAUAACUAAUACAGUUGUAUAUUCAGCUCUUGAAGCAUCUUAUAAUAUAUAAGCCAGUUUAAUAGUAGUAUUUAGCUCGACUGGAAAUACUGCACUUAAAUUAUCAAAAUUAAGGCCUCCUUGUCCUAUUAUUGUUAUUACUUCAUGUAAAAAAUUGGCAAGAUAUAUUAAUUAUCUAUCCUCUGUUAGUACUAGAGUGUUUAAUUCACUAAGUGGAAGUUAGGAAUUAGUAAGAAAAGUGA